AUGGCACUUGAGGAUCGCUGCAGUCCACAAACAGCGCCCAGUCCACCAGGUUGUGUUCCACACUCGCCAGCUCAACAGCAUCCACAGCAUCCACAACAGCUUAUUCCCAUCUCGAUUCCCAUUUCCAUCUCCGCUCUGGACAUGAACCAGCAGCAACAGUUGCAGCAUCUGCAUCAGCUGCAACAAUUGCAGCAGCUGCAUCAGCAGCAACUUGCCGCUUGCAACAACGCUGGCGUCUUUCAUCAUCCUGCCGCCAGCUUUGACGCGGCUGCGCUGCAUGCGGCGGCGCUGCAGCAGCGCCUCAGCGGAUCUCCGGGCGCCCACUCGACCGCCUCCUCCACGCCCCUGACCCUCAUCAAGGAGGAGGAGAGCGACUCCAUUUUGGGUGACAGCUUCCACAAUCAGACGUCGACCACAACCGCCACGGAGGAGGAGGAGGAGGAGGACGAUGACAUUGAUGUGGAUGACACCGCUUCCGUUUCCGGUUUACAGCCACCGCCAGCGCAUCAGCAAUCAAAGCAAUCGAAGCCGUCGCUCGCAUUUUCCAUCUCCAACAUUUUGAGCGAUCGCUUUGGCGAUGCCUCCAAGCAAUCCAAGCCAGGAGUGGGAGUGGGAGUGGGCGCGGGCGCGGGCGUGGGUCUGGCAGGAGAUGCCUCCUCCUCCAGCAUCUUUCGCCCCUUCGAGGCGAGUCGCGCUGCCGCCGCCACGCCCUCCGCCUUCACGCGCGUCGAUCUGCUCGAGUUCAGCCGGCAACAACAAGCGGCCGCUGCCGUUUCCGCUGCCACCGCCGCCAUGAUGCUGGAGCGGGCCAAUCUUCUCAACUGCUUCAACCCGGCCGCCUAUCCCCGCAUCCACGAGGAGCUCGUCCAGAGUCGCCUCCGUCGCAAUCCCAAUGCGGUGCUGCCGCCGUCGGCUAAGCUCCUCUCGGAAGCCGGCAGCGUGGAGAAAUCCGCCCUGGGAUCGCUCUGCAAGACGGUCUCCCAGAUUGGACAGUCGCCAUCGACGACGCCGGUGACAACGUCGGCCAACCACUUGGCCAGUCCCCCGCCCGCUUCGAAUGCCUCCACCAUCAGCAGCAGCUCCUGCUCCACCGCCACCAGCAGCAGCCACAGCCACAGCUCCGCCUCCUCCUCCGCCUCCUCCUCCGGCUGCUCCUCCUCGGCCAGCUCGUUGAACUCCUCGCCGAGCAGCCGCCUGGCAGGAGCCGGCAACAAUGCCAACAGCCCACAGCCCAUACCGCCUCCAUCCGCCGUCAGCCGAGACUCCGGCAUGGAGUCCUCGGAUGACACUCGCUCCGAGACGGGAUCCACCACCACCGAGGGCGGCAAGAACGAGAUGUGGCCCGCGUGGGUGUACUGCACCCGCUACAGCGACCGUCCCAGCUCAGGACCUCGCUAUCGUCGCCCCAAGCAACCAAAGGACAAGACCAAUGAUGAGAAGCGUCCACGCACCGCUUUCUCCAGCGAACAAUUGGCACGCCUCAAGCGAGAAUUCAAUGAGAAUCGCUACCUCACCGAACGUCGCCGUCAGCAGCUGAGCGGCGAACUUGGCCUAAACGAGGCGCAGAUCAAGAUCUGGUUCCAGAACAAGCGGGCCAAAAUCAAGAAGUCAACGGGAUCCAAAAAUCCGUUGGCCCUGCAGCUAAUGGCCCAAGGACUUUACAAUCAUACGACGGUGCCGCUGACCAAAGAGGAGGAGGAGCUCGAGAUGCGCAUGAACGGGCAGAUUCCGUAAGGAAUCCCUACUCCCCACUCCCCCCGCUCCCCCCCUCCAGGCUGGUCCUCAAGUGUGCAAUAUGGCGGCGUACAAAAGUGUUCAUGUGAUAUAAUUGUAAUAUACAUACAACUAUUUCUAUCUUUAACAAUCUAUCUAUAAGCUUCAACGAUUUCAACUAUAUAUGAAAAGUAUUAUUGCUCUUAUCGCUGGGGUAGAAUUCUUCCCCCCUCCCUUUCAUAGAUAUUGCUUUGCAAUUAUUCUAUGCCAAACUAAACAGCUAACAAAUCUUUAAUCCUAACUCUACACACAAACACACACAUAAAGUUCUAUCAUUAAAUUAUAAAUAUAUAUAUGCUUAAUAUGUUUUAAGUAAUUUAAAAGUUCUUUAGAUUAAUUUAUAGUUUAGAUAAAACACAUUGUCUCGCUUUGAUGAAGAAGUAUUUCUAGUUUCUAAGAAAAAAAAACUAAAACAAAAAACGAAAAUGUUAUGGAUAAAAUAUGCUUAAAAAAACAAACACAACAACAACUGCACCAAAAACAAAAGAAGUUAAAAGCAAUCUAUUGAAAUCCAUGUGCUAAAAA